AUGUUUCCUUGGUCAGAGUGCCAGAACCCCGAUAAACCAGACCAAAAACCGUUCAUGCAAACCUUCGAAGUCGAUGUAAGUGACUGCGGCCCCAUGGUUCUUGAUGCCCUCAUCAAAAUCAAAACUGAGCAGGACCCUACACUGACUUUUCGCCGUUCUUGCCGCGAGGGCAUCUGUGGCUCUUGCUCGAUGAACAUUGGAGGCCGUAACCGUCUCGCUUGCCUGUGUGCCAUUCCAAAAGACAACAAAGUCACCAAAAUCUAUCCUCUCCCGCACAUGUAUGUGGUGAAGGACCUGGUGCCCGAUAUGGCCAACUUCUACGCUCAGUACACUUGGAUUGAGCCUUACUUGAAGAAGAAGGAUUUCACCGAUGAUCAAGUCGGUGAGAAGGUUUUCAUGCAAUCUGUCAAAGACCGUGAAAAGGUUGAUGGUCUCUAUGAGUGCAUUUUGUGCCUCUGCUGCUCCGCGUCAUGCCCUUCUUAUUGGUGGAAUUCUGAUAAGUACCUCGGCCCUGCGGUCCUCCAGCAGGCUUAUCGGUGGAUGAUUGAUUCUCGUGAUGACUACACUUUCGAUCGUCUGGAGCAAAUGCAAAACAAGUGGUCCACAUACCGUUGCCACACCAUCAUGAAUUGCACGGAAACUUGUCCCAAGGGUCUCAAUCCUGGGAAGGCCAUCGGUGAAAUUAAGAAGAUGCUUUUGUACUACAACUCGUACAAGAACAAGAAACCGAUGAACGAGCGCUUGGAGAACUCCUUCACCAACUAG